UCCGACAUGAUUGGAACGAAGUUUUGGUCAUGACAACAUGGCGCUCAACGGGGAAAGGUCAGCCCUCUCGGGGCUUUCCGACCUCCGCAAAGAGAAGGCAGAGGAGAAGGAGAACCUCUGGAAGAAAAUCCUAGGCGAAGUACAAUCGAGUGAGCGCAAUAAAUUACCAUCGUGCAAGUCCGUUCUCGUCCUGGGUGACAAUGAGUCAGGGAAAACUACACUCAUUGCCAAGCUACAGGGGAAUGAGGACCCCAAAAAGGGAUCAGGCCUUGAAUAUGCCUACAUCGAUGUUAGGGAUGAAUACAGAGAUGAUCACACACGACUCAGUGUCUGGGUUCUUGACGGAGACCCCAAACAUGCUGAGCUUCUGGAGUUUGCAGUUAAUGCAGACAAUUUGGAACACACAUUGGUAUUACUGACAGUGUCAAUGACAGCCCCUUGGGGAAUCAUGGACCAGCUUCACACAUGGGCCUCCACUCUCCAAGACCACAUAGACAAGAUCAACCUGGAUCCUGACAAGUUUAAAGAUCGGCAAGAUAAGAUGGCUCGGUUAUGGCAAGACUACGUAGAGCCUGGAGAUGAACUAGAGGCUGGGUCGCCCAUGAAGCGGUCAUCAAGAAACCUGGAGAACGACGACGAACCAGUCUUGCCUCUCCCAGAAAAUGUUCUUACCAGAAAUCUUGGACUUCACGUUAUAGUUGUAGUUACUAAGACUGAUUAUAUGUCAACUUUAGAAAAGGACUUUGAUUAUAAAGAAGAACACUUUGACUUCAUUCAGCAGUCAAUUCGAAAGUUCUGCCUUCAGUAUGGUGCAGCUCUUUUCUAUACUUCAGUGAAGGAGGACAAGAACUGCGAUCUGUUGUACAAGUAUCUAGUCCAUAAAAUCUACAACUUCCCCUUCAGAACCCCAGCACUUGUUGUUGAAAAAGAUGCUGUGUUUAUACCGGCAGGUUGGGACAACGAUAAAAAGAUUGCAAUCCUUUAUGAAAAUAUGCACACAAUGAGCCCAGAUGAUUACUAUACAGAUGUCAUUGUUAAGCCGCAAGUGGUUCGUAAGGCUGUUGCCCGGGAGGUGGAGGUUCAGGCUGAGGAUGAGCAAGCAUUCUUAGCGCGGCACCAAGCACAGUUACAAGCAGGAGGCCCGGGUGCACCCAAUGCUACACAAGGUCGUCAAGAAUCACCACUUAGACAGUCGCCAGCUGUACAGAAGACCAGUGACCGACGGGUAUCUUCAACUGGAACGCCAAAUCAAAUUGGUUCGCCAAAGAAGAUUGAAUCAACGAAGCCUGGAGUUGCUGGAGCUAAUGAAGGAGUCCUUGCAAACUUCUUCAAUUCUCUUCUUAGUAAGAAAACUGGAACAAAUGCCCCAGUACCUGGAGCCAUAAAAACUAAUGAGAAGGCUGCCAUGCGAUCAGAUGCUGCUGCUGAGCUUGAUCGUUUGACGCGAUCCAAGAAGCCGACAGCAGCAAAUAGUUCUCCAGAAACUAACAACUCCUCUGAAUGUUGACUCCCAGUUGGCACCUCUACCGGCUGUGCUAUGGAAAGGUGUUUUGGUGCCCCUGCCUGACAGUCUACACGUACAGUUUUGCUAAGAGAAUGGAAACAACUUCAUGGCGUGUAGCGUUCAUGGUGUCGGGGUUGGCUGCCUGUCUGGUUGUUCCCUGUCAGAGAGGAUCUGGCAAGGGAUGUGAGACCUAAUAUGGGUAGCUUUUUCAUUCCUUUGUAUGAUAAAAUGCAAUGUUAAGUCUACCUUUGAAAGGUACCAUCUGGAAGGUAUACAACUGUAGCAGCUAUAAAAAAAACAACAAAAAAAAACGAAUGUAUAAAAGACUUAAAAAAUACACAAUACUAUCCUCUGCUUGGAAUAGCAUGCUGCAACAGUGUGUGAAUGGCAUCCCUAAGUGUUUGUCACAACCACUUUAUAUAGUGGCUACAUGAUCAGCAGUGGAUUAGUUCUGAAGUGACCAAACAACUGCAGCAUCUUGACCCAAGGCUGAUUGGCGCUGCAUUACCCAGGCUGUGUACCAAGGGGCUAAUACCUUUGCAAGAGAAGCAGGUGUUGCCCUCGGGACUGGAGGACUGGCAGAGCGUGUUGUGUCCUGUAACAUAUUUUCUUAUUUAUUUGUUAAUUUUAUAAACUCUUUGCUUCCAUGCUGUUACUUUAGGGCUCCUAUGCUUGUGACCCUCAAAUGUUUUUAACUCGAGCUAAUCACUUUGGGGCUUUAGUUAUGACUCGGCAAAUAUAACACCAGUGAAACAGAUUUGUGUGUAGUGAACCUAAAAAAAAAAAAUUGAAAGAAAGCAGUCAUUGAUUGAAAUUACACUGCUCAGGCAUAUGCAAUGUAUUAUUUCUGAUGGUGGUAGCUUGGAUGUUAUCUUACAGAUAAUAUCUGUCCAUCUGUGAUUCAUUCUUGAUUAGCCUGUUGUUAAUACUAAAGAUGUCAAGAUUA